ACAACAGGUCCUACCACCAGUAAUUACGCAAAUUAUAAUUUUGCAGGUUUGAUUUUUAUUACACGAUGUUAUUCCUUCACCGUGGAAGUCAAUCUUGAAAAUUUUUAAGUACGUAUUUCAUUAUUUCACGAUGAGCAUUAUUCUUAAAAGUCUUAUAAAUUCGUUUGAAAGGCAAAACUAACAUGAAAAUAACAUGACUAACUUAAUUCGAGGAUGUUAACGUGUCGUAUUCAUGAACCUAAUAUAAUGUAUUACCGGGAACUGAUAAUAAUAAAUGUUGUUCGCAUUCACUGUAUUGACAUAAAAAAAACAUUUACUGUUUAUUAGCGAUCAAUCCGAUUCGCUCACGCAAACCCGUCACAUGUACAUCGCAAUUAGUAAAUUAGAAAAUCGUCUGUGGAUAAUAGAGAUAAUUUGUUUAUAGGAUAUUAAGUUAAAAUAGUGUGUGUGUGUGGACUACGAAUUUGUCGUUAUAAUCUCAGCUGUGUUGCGAAUGACCCGUGAGUUCAAGAGUCCAGAAAUGGUGCGUUGUUUACUUCUAAUUAUCGUGUCCUGCCUCACAUCGUACUCGCUGUGCGGUUCGUGUCCUCCGACGUUGUCCGUGGACAUUUGCGAGCCAAUGUGUGGUCCCGGUCAGGAGUGUAACGGGACUCAGCUCUGCUGUCCCACGCACUGCGGUGGAGCCAUGUGUGUUGAUGCGAUGACUCAGAGGCACUUUGUUCAUUUAGUAAAGAAAGGUAAUUGCCCCGAGUUUCCGCGCGGCCCGUGGAUCUGCUCCCACACUUGCACCGGCGACUCGGACUGCCCUCGUGCCCUCAAGUGCUGUCACAACCGCUGCGGGGUCCUCACCUGUCAGAAGCCGGAAAUAGAUCCCGAACCAUUUGUUGAACUUCCAUAGAUAUAAUUUUGAAAAUACAUAGGUAUAUAUAUAUCUACAAAAAGAGUGUUGCCAGAAUUAGGUUUUAUGGAGAGCCGUAAUUAUAACUAUACCACAAGA